AGAUUUUGCUGCCAUUUCCUUUCAUCUUGUUACCUUAAUUCUGUUGGUUCUAGGAUGCAAACCAGCAACAUUGUUUUAUUCUAAGUAACCUUCUUCCUUGCAUCGGAGAAGCAUUUACUUCAUCUUGCAAAGCUUGCCAGCUCAUAUUUUGCACGUUUAGAGGUGCACAAUAUUUUCACUAUGCCAAACAUCGUCCUUUUCAGCGGGAGCUCUCACCACGAUCUGUCACAAAAAGUGGCAGACCGCCUUGGAUUAGAAUUGGGGAAAGUGAUCACAAAAAAAUUCAGCAAUCAAGAGACGUGCGUGGAGAUUGGAGAGAGCGUUCGUGGAGAAGAUGUCUACAUCGUACAGAGUGGCUGCGGAGAGAUAAACGACAACCUGAUGGAGUUACUGAUCAUGAUAAACGCCUGCAAAAUCGCUUCCUCGUCACGCGUCACAGCCGUCAUCCCCUGCUUUCCUUACGCCAGACAAGACAAGAAAGACAAGGUAGCAGCUGCUGUCCUGUGGUGUUCAUUAACAAAAAGCCGUGCUCCCAUCUCAGCCAAACUGGUGGCCAACAUGCUGUCCGUGGCCGGGGCUGACCACAUCAUCACGAUGGAUCUGCACGCUUCCCAGAUCCAGGGAUUUUUUGACAUUGCAGUGGAUAACCUAUACGCAGAGCCUGCUGUCCUGCAGUGGAUCAAAGAGAACAUUCCGGAAUGGAAAAACUGCAUCAUCGUGUCCCCAGAUGCAGGAGGAGCCAAAAGGGUGACGUCCAUCGCCGACCGCCUGAACGUGGAAUUCGCUCUCAUUCAUAAAGAGCGUAAGAAGGCAAACGAGGUGGACCGCAUGGUUUUGGUCGGAGAUGUGAAGGACCGUGUGGCCAUCCUGGUUGACGACAUGGCAGACACGUGUGGAACCAUAUGUCACGCUGCCGACAAACUGAUCUCCGCUGGAGCGAUAAAGGUCUACGCCAUCCUCACUCACGGUAUUUUCUCUGGUCCUGCCAUUUCUCGCAUCAAUAACGCCCCCUUCGAGGCCGUGGUUGUCACCAACACCAUUCCCCAAGAGGAGAAGAUGAAGCAGUGCCCAAAGAUCCAGGUCAUUGACAUUUCGAUGAUUCUGGCCGAGGCCAUUCGAAGAACCCACAACGGAGAAUCUGUUUCCUACCUCUUCAGCCACGUACCCUUGUGAGGAUGUGGAGAGAAAACCAGAACCAGGAGGUGGCACCUUUACUUGCCCACCUCCCCCCCGUCUAACCAGUCAGUCACAUUCCUCUAUGGGUGUCUGAAAUCCAGUCAUUUCUUGGGAGCCAAUGACAAGCAUCUGGUUCUUUGAAAUCCCGCCCACAUUCCACUCUGUCUUUUCCCACACCGAAACAACCUCGUCUGGAUGAUCAGCAAGCUUAUAUUUAUGUCUAUGUCUAUUUUUUUUUUUCCUUUGUAAAUUUUUUUUUUGUCUAAUUCCUGGCCUAGAGAUCUGGCUUGUACUUCAACCAAAGCUCUUUCUGCCUGUUCAUUUCUGUAUUGUACCACACUUAUUGCCAUAAAGGAAGCAUUCCAUACCCGUUGUCAUUAUUGACCUAACAGGUUCUCCAUUAGUUAACACUAUAUUUUGCUAAUGGGGGGUGUUUUUUGUGUCUUGAAGUCUGUUCCAUUAUUCUUCAUCAUUGCCUCAGUAUUCAGUGGAAUUCCUGAGUAAAACUUUUGUUGGUUUGUUUUUCAACCAGUCUUGGUGGAGAAACAUACAUUCACAAAAAGCUGCAUGUGGGUCCAUUGUCUGAAACCAGUAUUUUCAGACACUUCAGCAAAUGGGUUUGAAGACAUUCCUGGAUGAUUCUGAGCCAUAACUGACCAAUCAGAUGACCCUUUCAUAAACUGAACAGUGUUUUCCAUGUUUGUGUGCUUCAUGAGUUAUGUAAGAUAUAAUGAGAGCUUUAUAAUCAUAUUUGCUCUCCAUAAAAUGCAUAUUUCACAUUAUAACACAAUUAAUCAUUCUCAUUCAUCACAUUAAGAAAACACUAAUUUACUCAUAAUACAGCCUCUUAACACAAGUUGUAGUUCCCCUCUGAGAUGUAGCAGUCUAAAAAAGGUGCCAUCAUUCAAAUAGGCCUUUUCACUUCAGUUUUCAAUUCAAUUUGGACUUUGCUUGUUCUGCUAUUCUUAGCCCAUAAAAUAAAGAAUGAAAACUGUAAAAUGUUAUUUUUGAAGUGUUAUCGACGUUUUAUUGGAGGUUUUCUAAAAUUACUGCCAUACAGAAAUGGAAUGAACAUAUAAACACCUGAUUUAGUUUGACUGAAUAAAGGUUUCUGUGUUCUGUGA